AUGGUGGCGGUGGCGCGCUUCCUCGUGGGCGUCGACGACGACGCGGACAACGUGCAGGGCAAGUGGAUCGGGCUGGCCAUCGUCAUCACGUCCGCCGUGCUCUCCAACCUCGGCGUGAACGUGCAGAAGCUCUCGCACGUGCGGGAGGAGGACAAGCCCGUGUUCGAGCGGCAGACGUACUACACGCGGCCGCUGUGGCUCACGGGGCUCGUGCUCGUGGUGCUGGGCGCCAUCGGCGACUUCGAGGCGCUGGGCUUCGCCCCGCAGGCGCUCGUGGCGUCCGUGGGCGGCGGCUUCACGGUGCUGGCCAACGUCUUCUUCGCGCACCUGUGGCUGGGCCAGAUCCUGACCAAGACGGACGUGCUGGGCACGCUGCUCAUCAUCAUCGGCGUCGUGCUGAGCACGGUGGCGAACGAGCCGGACGAGCAGAUGUCGCUGCUGGAGCUCGAGAAGCAGUUCUUCCAGCUCGGCUUCCUCAUCUACCUGGGCGUCAUGACGGCUGUGCUGGGCGGCAUCUUCGGACAGAUUGAAGCCAUCUCCAGACUGCCGAGGGCGCUGAACGAGUCCAAGUACAGGCUGCUGCCCUUCAUGUACGCGACGGCGUCGGGCAUUUUCGGGUCCUUCUCGGUGCUGCUGGCCAAGUGCGCGUCGAUCCUGCUGAUCCUGACGGUUAGCGGCGAGAACCAGUUCGUGUACUUCACGACGUACCUGUUCAUGGGCGGCAUGAUGUGCACGCUGGUGCUGCAGACGGAUCUGCUGAACCGCGCCAUCAUGGCCGGGGACACGCUGAGUGUGUUCCCCAUGUUCCAGUGCUUUUGGAUCGGGUCGAGUGUCAUUGGCGGCGUGGUGUUCUACGAAAAGUACACGCGCUUCACGCUUUUCGACUGGAUCUGCUUGCCUAUUGCGCUGGCCUUCAUUAUCAUGGGCAUCUACCUGUUGGCAAAGCACGGCGAAGACGAGGGUGACGACCCGGAAGACCCCGAGCACACUACUCCGGGCCACCGUGCGCACUUGACGGGCCAUUUCGGCGCGCUCAUGCCGCUUUCGCCUCAGGGGCACUCGUACAGUAGCUUCAGCCGGAAAAGCUUUGACGAGCGAGACAACGAGCACACGCCGCUGCGGUACACACCGUCGAACGGCCGAGUUAUCGACCACAGCGGACUCACCGCUGGGUACGCCAACGGAUACACGAACUACAACACGAAUGGCCAUACCAACGGCCACACCAAUGGCCACGACCACGACCAUCGAAAUGGCCACCCUAUCGGGCACUGGCAUGGCCCCCACGGACGGAGGCACCACGGAGACGACCUCGAAGAGCAGCGGUUGUGCAGCGGAUCUAUCUAA